GUCUUUGUGGGCAGCAUGUAUAUGUAUACGAAUGAGAGAAAGGUGCGUAUAAAAUUGCGGUUGUCCUUUUGCAGUGAACUCCGAGAGUUUGAUGAGCAGUUGAUGACGCUGGCUAGUCUUGGUGGGCCUUCACCAGGUCCUGGACCUGGUAGUCCCAGAGAUAGUAGCCCUGAUGAUGUUGGAGGUACAGGAGGGUACUGCCCUGGCUGUAGCUCUCGCAGGGGCUGUCCAUGUGAUGAGUGUGCUGUCACUCAUCUCCUGACCUGUGGUGGCCUCAUCACACCACCCGACUCCCCAGGCCCACUGUACAGUCAUAAAGUGGAUGUCAUACAAGAGUAUCGCGUCGAGGGCGAGGGCAGUGAGCAGCCCCCAGAAUCUCCAUUAGAACCUGAUGUUGUGGGUGAAGGUGCAAUUGGAGGAGGAGGAGAUACAGAUGGCACAGAGUUAGCUUCAGCUCAGCAGCAGAGUUGCGAGUGUCAUGUGUGUACUGCCCCACUCAUGACUCCUAACCCAUAUUCUACAUUGUAA